UAGAACUGACAUCUCCCAGAACUUAUCUGAGCCAUUUAACUGAACCAUCACCAAGAAAAUGACUUUCCAAACCUACAGCUUGUUUGUUCUCUCUAUCAUCAUGAUUUAUUCUGGACGUGUUGAAAAUAGAUUAAAUCUGCUUCAACUUCAAGAUGAUAUAGACAAACUGAAAGCUGAUUUUAACUCAAGCCGUUCAGAUGUAGGUGAUGGUGGACCUAUCUUUACAGGGAGAUUGUCAAACUGGACAGAAAGAAAUGAAAAAAGGAUCAUCCUGAGUCAGAUUGUUUCCAUGUACUUGAAAAUCCUUAACAACACUGACCAGUCAAAGGCACAUGUCAGGAACAUAUCUGAGGAGCUCUACACUUUGAAACAAAGCCUUUCUGAUGACUCAAAGAAGAUGGAAUAUCUCAAGAACCUGACAGAGCUUCAGGUGAAUGACUUGAAAAUUCAACGUAAAGCUGUGAAUGAGCUGUUCAGUGUCUUACAAAAACUGGGGGAUACUACAAGUUCUUCCAAAAGAAAAAGAAGGCUGGUUCAGAGGCAGUGCAAAUGCUAAUGCCAUCUUAUGUUCUUUUAUACUGAGUUACUGUGC